CCAUCUUCCCAGAGGGAUGGCUGAGAACUUGGCUACUCCCCUGACCAUACAUGGCUUGGUGCUUGGGGCCACCUCCUUCUCCAUCACAGCUAUCUUCCAUGAGGAAUGUAGACAUUUCUACAAAAGACAUACACCAAUAAGGCUGCACCAGAAAGGAGCUUGCCCAGGGCACUGUUUGGAGAAAAGUUCUUGGGAACCUUUGAGAAGGUUCAUCGGAAAUGAGUUUUUCUCUGAACUUCACACUGCCAGCCUCCAUGACACAGUAAUUGCCCAAAGUCUGAGCCUGGGAACAGCAGAGUACUCUGAGGCUGAUGAGAGGAUUGCGUAAAUAAUUAAUAACAGCUUUGCCAGUGUAAAGGAAUGACCAAACCUUAUACUUCCGGUGCUCCUGUGAUCCUCACUACAAGCCUAGAGACUUCCUCCCCAGUUGUAACUGUUGGAAAAGAAGCAGACUGUGGGUUGUCUCUAGGAAUAGCAGCUGGCCUUCCAUCCCUGGUGGCCACAGGGCUGAUGGUGGCUUUAGUGUUUAUUGUGAUUAAUCAAAGAAGAAGAAGAAGAAGCAACAGCAGUGAGGCCAUUGAGGACAGUGAAAUGCCAUGUGAAAUUUCAGAAAUUUAUGACAGUCCCAAGAUAGCUGAGAAGGCUACAAGGUCGCCCACCCAUGAGAACACAAUGGGAGCAGAGGAAGGUCACAUAUAUGUGAAGACUGUGUCACGAAGGGAGGAGCCAGAGCGCCACACUUACAGUCCUCCUCGGGAGACAGAGAGGAGGAGAGGGCUAUGGUGGCUUGUGCCCAGACUAAGCCUGGAGUGAUGCAGUUCAGCCAAGGAGCAGACCAGGAAUUGGAUGGCAGCUGGACAGUCUUGGGAUGUGCUUGAUAUGACGAGAGGGGCCACCCUGCUUCUAAAGCUGCUCCAACUCUCAGACUGAUUGUCCCUUUGGAGAACAGAUUGAAAAGGUCCUUCUGGGCACUAAGAUCUCAUGAGCACCCUGCGAGCAGGCUGUGUCCCCAGAAGGAGCCCCACAUCCUGACCCUGGCCCCCUGAGAAUUUGAUUUUCUUUGUAAUUUGGGGAUAGUAGGGGUUUAAUUUCUCAUAUCUUGCCUUCUCACUUUUCUUCUUUUUUUUUUUUCCAUAUCCUUUUACUCACACAAAGCUCUCAGAACUGGCUUCCUUGGGAAGGUUGGCCAAGGCCAGUGUGGGCAAAGAUUGGAUAAAUAUCACCCUUAAGGUGGGUGGGUCAGGGAAACAGUUUCUUAUUUCUGAAGCAUCUCAGAAUAGAGAAUUUGGAAGUUGCACAUUUUCUCACCCCAGAAGAGUGCACAGCAGGUCUAUUUAUGAUUCUCACUGUGUCAGUGAUGGGAGAGCACUUACGACAGGAAGGUGUGUAUAUGAGUGUUUGUG